AUGGGUGUCCCGAAAUUCUUCAGAUGGCUCUCGGAGCGGUACCCGGCGAUAUCGCAGCUUAUUGCUGAGAACCGGAUCCCGGAGUUUGACUGCCUCUAUCUUGAUAUGAACGGCAUCAUUCACAACUGCACCCACAAGGACUCGGACUCGCCGACCUUUCGAAUGACGGAGGACAAGAUGUUUAUUGCUAUUUUCAACUAUAUCGAGCAUCUUUUCGGGAAGAUCAAGCCAAAGCGACUUUUCUUCAUGGCGAUCGAUGGUGUGGCUCCGCGAGCAAAGAUGAACCAACAGCGCGCCCGUCGGUUCCGUACCGCUCUCGACGCCGAACUUGCGAAGGAGAGGGCUAUAAAGGAAGGCGUGGAGAUGCCCAAGGAAGACGCAUUUGAUAGCAACUGCAUCACUCCCGGAACAGAGUUCAUGGCGAAGCUUACGAAACAAUUGAAGUACUUCAUCAACAAGAAGGUGUCAGAAGAUGCGGAGUGGCAGGGAGUCGAGGUUGUUCUUUCGGGCCAUGAAGUCCCCGGUGAAGGAGAACACAAGAUUAUGGAAUACAUUCGCCAGGCAAAGGCGCAACCAGAGUACGAUCCAAACAUGCGGCACUGCUUGUACGGGUUGGAUGCGGAUUUGAUCAUGUUGGGUCUUCUGAGUCACGACCCUCACUUCUGCCUUCUCCGAGAAGAAGUAACGUUUGGGCGGCAGAGCUCAAAGAAAUCCAAGGAACUCGAGCAUCAGAAUUUUUACUUGCUUCACCUUUGCAUCGUUCGGGAGUACUUGGAACUGGAGUUUCAGGAAUUGAAAUCGGACGGCACUUUAAAGUUUCCUUUUGAUAUGGAACGGGUUAUUGACGAUUUCAUUUUAAUGGCCUUUUUUGUUGGGAACGAUUUCUUACCCAACCUUCCGCAUCUACAUAUAAACGAGGGUGCGCUGGCGUGGAUGUUCAAGAUAUAUAAAGAGGUUCUACCGAAAUUGGGGGGUUAUGUCAACGAACAUGGCAAAAUCAACAUGGAGAGGCUGAGAAUGCUAUUGGUGGCUUUAUCCGAUGUUGAAUUCCGGUUUUUCGAGGCGGAAUAUUCAGAUGCCAGAUGGUUGAAGUCGAAGACACUGGACGGGGACCAAACUCCCACUUUACCGGAAAAGCCCAAUGUGCUUACAAUAUCUCCCGCUCAGAAGCAUAUCUUUAAUAGAAUAAAGAAAUACGUCACUCACCGCCCAGUGGAUGACGCCGGUCAGCCAGUGCCUCUCGACCUAUCACCCUCACUUCCUGCGAAAGAUCGAAAAUUCGUGGAGCAACUAGUCGAUAGUCUCCACCUGAAAUGGAGUUCUGUUUUGAAUCAGCAUGAGGAGCGGUUUUUGCGCGUGCAGUUACCCUCUAACGAUGAAGACGAAGACGAAGACGAAGAUGACGAGUCGCAGAUUGCAAUAUUACGCGUUCUUAAGAGAUACGAUAAUGCAAAGGUCAAAGAGGCCACCGCCGAGGAUGUGCAGAUGGCAGCUGAGAAGAAGUAUGAGAAGAAAUUCCAGGAGUGGAAAGAUAAAUACUACAGAGACAAAUUUGGAUGGGGAUUGGACAAUGCAGAAGAGAUGCGAAAAUUGACAGAGAACUAUGUCCAAGGCCUUCAGUGGGUUCUAUUCUACUAUUACCGUGGUGUCGCCUCGUGGCCGUGGUUCUACCGUUAUCACUACGCUCCUAUGAUCUCCGACAUUCACCUUGGUCUGGGUGCCGACGUCGACUUCAAACUAGGACAACCCUUCUUCCCAUUCCAGCAGUUGAUGGGUGUCCUGCCAGACAGGAGUAAGAAGAUUGUGCCUGUGGCAUAUCACAGUUUGAUGACAACCCCUGAAUCUCCGAUCAUCGGCUUCUACCCACGAGACUUCGAGCUUGACAUGAACGGAAAGAAAAUGGAAUGGGAAGCUGUGGUUAAAAUCCCAUUCAUUGAAGAGGAUCGGCUUCUCAAAGCCAUGGCGACGAAGGAGCAUUUAUUGACUCCAGAUGAAAAGUCGAGGAACUCGUUCGGUGUGACGCUAAAAUAUACGCAUUCACCUGAUGUAGAGUUCAUCUACCCCAGCUCCCUACCUGGUAUCUUCCCUGACGUUUCGCGGUGUCACUGCAUCGAAAAUGUCUUUGAGUUACCUACCAUGGAAGGGUUGGACCCAUAUGUGGGAUUGGUAGAAGGUGUUAAGAUUGGGGCCGAGGCACUCGCUGGAUUCCCAAGCUUACAGACCGUUCCCCAGACAGGACAGCUUGGCUUCCACGGGGUGUGCGUAUUCCAACAGGAGAGUCGCAACGAAAGCAUGGUCGUUACUAUAGUCGAUCCAGAAAUUGCAGGAAAUACUACAGACGCAAAGGUGAAAUUGGGCAAAAGAGUCCAUGUUGGAUACCCAUUCCUCCAGGAAGCAAAGGUGGUGUGCGUCUCGGACGAACUCUUUGAUUAUGUUCAAGUUGACGGCGAGGAACACGUUGUGGCUAUUCCGCAUACCCCAACACAAAUCAAUCAGUGGAAGAGGAAGGCUGAGAAGAUUGAGUCGUACUACAGUAGACGACUGGGAAUGGUUAUUGGUGAUGUGGAGACCAUCGUGCGCGUGGAGAUGUUGAAAGGUCUGAUGAAAACUGAAGAUGGAGCCACUGUCAAGGAGUUCACGGAAAUCCCUGGAGUUGAGACGGAAUACGCUGCCCAGCUUAUUGUGGACUCGGUUUUCAGCGAGGAUCUUCGUUUUAUUGAGCGAGCAGCAGUCCCUAUCGAAGAGGAAUUCCCAGAAGGUGCGCGAGCAUUCUUUUUAGGCGAAUACAACUAUGGCGCCCCAGUGCACGUUACUGGGCAUGAAGACGGAAAGCUAUCGGGACUGCUUUCCGCUGUGAAGGGGAGGGAACCAGAGUUUGGGAGGGAGCAUGUCAUGAACGCUGAAAAGCUAUCAAGAUAUACCCCUUCCUUCGCUAUUGCGCGAAACUUACAACUCAGCCCUCUUACUUUAGCCAAAAUUACGUCGUCUUUCUCCGUGAAUGUCGACGGAUCACGAGUCAAUCUCGGACUCAACCUCAAAUUCGAGGCAAAGAAACUCAAAGUUUUAGGAUAUUCACGACGCGGAAACUCCGGAUGGGAGUUUAGCGAAAAGGCCAUCGGACUUCUCCACGACUAUAUGAUUAAAUUCCCAGAUUUUAUUGCAGGUAUUCAACGGAAGCCUCAAGGCGACGUGUUUGAACCUACCGAUUUCUACCCCGCCGAUAUCGCGAAAGAGAAGAUCAAGGAGAUUCAGGCGUGGCUCAAAUCCAUUGAGUCGAAAAACUUCGAGCGUGUCCCACUUGAAGCUGAACAACUUGACUCGAGCAUUGUAGAGGCAAUCGAAAAGACCGCCGAUGAGCUACACCAAACCAGAGCCGCUCCGGUGGCACAGAAAAUUCGAGGUGUGCCACGCAACGCACUGUUGAAGCCUGCGGAUGCGGAACACCGUCUCAACAGCCAGCACUUCCAACUUGGAGACCGUGUGCUUUACGCCCAAGAUUCUGGAAAAGUUCCAAUUGCUUCGAGGGGAACCGUCGUUGGCUUAACACGCACAUCAAGGCACUUGCUUCUUGAUGUGCUUUUUGACGUCUCAUUCAUGAGUGGUACUACCCUCUCAGAUCGAUGCUCGCCAUUCCGCGGCUCAACCGUUCCUGCGUCGUCAGUUCUUAACCUGACUAACAAACAGCUUACUGCUCUAUCGCGUGCUACUGCACAAAAGGAACAGGCCCGGAGCCAACAGCAGCCUUCUAGGGGGUACGGUGCUCCUCAAGGACCGGGUGGUGUGGGACAGCUGAAAGAGGCAUCGACUCCACCACCACUCACGAACAGCUAUCGAGGAGCCGCCACAGGUCAACCAUCAAAUGGCAAAGUUAACGGAGCUCCGAAUUGGAAUGGACGUGGCCGCGGGCGGGGUGCCUUGCCUAUUCGCAGCCAUCCAACCGCUGAGAAUACGACCGGUCAGCAAACACCUGGAUUCAAUAGGGGUAGGGGACGUUCCGGUUUCAACCAAUCUAACGGGCGGGGAGCUAACGGACAGCCGGGCCGUGGACGUGGAAGAGGAGGAUAUGUAUCUGUGGAACACAUGAACCCUGAGGCUGACGUCUUGAACCACAACCCGAACUUCAAGCCCCGGCCAUACAACACAGUCCCUCCGCCAGUUUCCCUCAAUCAGCCAGCUUCCCAACGAGGACGCGGUGGGCGUGGUAGAGGAAGAGGUCAGGCUCGAGGUGGUAGAGGUAGAGGAGGGGCCGGGGCCGGGGCCGGAGCUGCAAGCGCAGGCGCUGGAGAGACUGCAGCUUAG